CCGAGGGAUCCCCCUACUUAGACAUAGUAUGCCCGGGAACCCUUCCGCCCCCACACUCUUCCUCACAGCACCGGAUAGAUGGCUGACACCGGGACAAACACAGGGAUGAUGGACGAGGCAGCAGCAGCCCGGGACUCUUGCCCUGCAGAUGUUGGAGAUCCAGAGAAACAUGGAGCAGAGAAUGAUUGCAGUGUCCCAUCAUGCAUUAGUGUCUUGGAUAGGCUCAUUAAAACAUGCACUGUGUGGCUGCAGCUGUGCAUGGAUCCAGAUCAAGCAGUGAAUAUUCUAAAAAAACAAGGACCAGGGGUAUUUUUAAUUACCAGAGAUGUGGAGCGGAAGUGUAUGGUGCUCUGGGUACACGUCACCUCUAACAAAGAACAGUCUGAUGUUUUACGCCAUGACAUCAAGGAGGAAAAAACAAUGAUGUAUCUGGAAAGUUCUGUACUGGUGUUUGAAGAUAUCUUUAAACUUGUAUCAUUUUAUUGUGUGAGUAGAGAUGUGCUGCCCUUUCCUCUGAAACUACCACAAGCGAUUGCUGCAGCUAAGACUUACAAAAACCUUGAGUCCUUUUCCAACCUUGGCACAGGUUUUUGGGACUCAACUUUUACAGAUGAAAACAAAUUAACUAUUACAAAGCAACACAGCUGUACCAGCAAUGGAGAUUUGCAAAUUAGGAAGUCCAGCCGUCAUAUGCAAAAUGAAGCCAAAGACUGUACGUGUGAAAUUGAGAUUUCUGUAGGAAGUGGCCGUCUGUGGUUUGUCAGCCCAAUUUUUAUUGAAGAGUGUAGCAAUGUACUGGCUGCUGAGAAGCUUCCUCUUUCAAACUGUGUUGCAAAUUCAGAGAUUAAAACUCACAAAAUUGUUUACAGGCGACCCCCUCCUCCUCCACCACCACCUGUACAAAACCCACCACUGCCCUCAGUUCCUCCCUCUGGUCCUCCACCUAACUAUAAACGUUCUAAUUCCUAUACAUCUCCACUAAAAUCCCCCCAUCCCCUCUCUCCUUCUGCUGCUCCGCCUUCUUCAUGUUUACUUCGUUCCUCUUCUAGUCAACCAUUGACUGGUGCUUCUUUAACAUCACAUGAUCAUUGUGUUACUCAGAUGCCUCCCUCCUCACACACAUCACCUGCUUCACAAACGCCUCCUCUUUCCCAAGUCUCUCACAAUUUUAGCCAGUUAAAAGAGUUGCCCCAUACUUCAGCAGACAUUUGUGUUGAAGUACAACCUCUUGCCCAGUCUUGUGAGGAAAUGAAAAUUAACAGCACAGAAGAAAAAAAAGACAGUGAAGAACAUGCCAUUUGUUCAUUUGGAGAACAAAACAAAAAAUCUGCAAUGUCUGCACCAAUUGUUCCUAAAAGACGUCAGUCAGGAAAGAUUUCAGAAAACAAAGGGAAUAGUGUAAGAAAGAAGGAACAGCUCCAGCAGACAGAAGGGCAGAGUACUCAAAGUGGUAAAUCGAUAACAAAAGGCAAAGCAGAAGCUCACCUGAACCAGGAAUCCAUCAUAAAGAAGGAGACUGAUAUUCCAGUGCAGCAGCUCACUUCACAGGUGAAAAGGAAUAAACCACCUCCUGUACCACCUCCAAGAACAAAGAAGCUUUCUCAUAGGGUUCCACCUGCCCCACCAGCCCAAAACAGUCAUUCUCUUGUUAAAGAUCUCAGUUCUCAGAAACAAGCACGGCUUAGCGAUGUCAAGAAAAAUGGCAGAACUUCCCAAUCAGACUGCUCCAAAUAUAAGGAUUUUGCUAAAAAUAAUGAGAGCUGCACUCAGUUGUCAUCUAAGGAACUUAAGAGAGCAGAUACAUGUCUGAACUCCCCAGCAAGUGGCUUCACUAUUCCAAUAACCAAUCCAGAACAGGAUUCUUUGUCCACAAGCAGUGCUGAGGAGGACCAUGACCAAGAAAAAGUAUCCAGCCCUUCUAUUCGAAAGAAUCAUUCAUUUAUGUUAGAUAAGGCCAAAAACCGGUUGUCGAUUAUAACGAUCACCAAUGUCUUUACUGCUUUCAUGUCUGCUGAAAGAAAGUUGCAAAAAAAGAUCACUGAGCUGGCUCAGUAUAAGGAAUCUUAUUUUGGGAAUCUAGUCCAGGACUAUAAAGCCUACAGCCUGGAGAUGAUGGCCAAACAGAGCUCAAGCACAGAGAUGCUUCAGGAGAUCCGUCUAAUGAUGACCCAGCUUAAAAUGUACUUGUUACAGAGUGCAGAGCUAAAAGCCAUACUUGACUCCACUGUCUACACAGAUGACCAAAUAGAAGCCAUAGUUGAAGCUGCUCUCUGUAAGUGUGUGCUGAAGCCUCUGAAGUCCCCCAUUGAGGGAUUCCUGCGGGAAAUUCACACUAAGGAUGGCUCACUUAGGCUACUAAAUGAUAACAAGAUGGUUAUCAAGGAUAUCACAACCACGGACCUGGGAGUAACCACUAGUGUGCCUGAAAUCAGUGUGAUGGAAAAGAUCACGCAGAAGUUCUCAGUCAUGCACAAAACCUAUUCUCCAGAGAAGAAAGUGGCCCAUCUGCUAAAGACUUGUAAACUAAUUUAUGAUUCAAUGGCUACUGGAAACCCAGGGAAGCUACAUGGAGCAGAUGACUUCCUACCUGUUCUUAUGUACGUGUUGGCUCGAUGUGACCUUACUGAGCUGCUGCUGGAUGUGGAAUACAUGAUGGAGCUAAUGGACCCAGCUUUACAGUUAGGAGAAGGUUCCUAUUAUCUAACAACAACGUAUGGAGCCCUGGAGCACAUAAAGAACUAUGACAAGAUCACAGUGACUCGACAUCUGAGUAUGGAGGUGCAGGACUCCAUCCAUCGCUGGGAACGGAGAAGGACUCUCAGCAAGGCUAGAAUGUCCCAUUCAUCUAUACAGGAUUUCAUCACUAUCUCCUUUGAGGAGAUGGGCUCCAAGAGCAGGACGUUGGUUAUUAAGCCAGACACAAAUGUAGAGCUGCUGCUGCAAGAUUGUGCUGAAAAGUUCCAGGUGCUAGAGCCACAAAACUAUGGAUUGUAUGUACAAGUGAAAGAGCACAGCGUGCGUCUGGCUGAUGACGCCAUGCCCCACCACAUCAAAUCCAACUUGCUCAAGAGUGAUCAAAAGCUGGACCUCCAUUUUCUGUACAAACUAAGCAGCUCCAACGAUAACGGGGUAAAAGAACUGGAUUUCCUUUAGCUCCUGUAUUCCGGUGAAAGUUUGUAGAAGCAAAGCGGCUGCACCCUGAUUUGGCUUUAGGAAACUGCUGUAGAAACACUGCUGGAAUAUAGUAGAAAUGUAAAUAAAAGUGACAUGGAUAACAAAGCAAGCAGACUUUGCUUUAACUCUUCUGCAAAUGUGCCAUACACUGUGCACCCGAGGAAUUUCCUGCUACUUAAGGAUCCAUCUGGAACACAUUAAAAAAAAAUGGUGCCACUCCAGACUAGAGCAUGGAUUCCUUCUCUUCUGAUUAGGCACAGGAAGCUAUUUGUAUUAUAUGUAAAAUCAGGGCAGUGAGAUAUACUGAACUUGUAGAACUGUUUUACUGAACUGUUCCCUGUUGGAAGGGGAAGCAUCACAUUCUGAAAUAAAACUGCAAUUUGCGUACAGUUCUUUUAUGCUAACCCGUGGAAAAUGCACUCCUCAAGAUUGGAAAGCAGCACAUACUGGACAAUAAAAGUAAUAUAAUAGUAUUUAUUGGCUCCACUGUGGAAAAUGUAUCCUGGUUACAGCCAAUAAUAUAUUCUCAUUGACUGGUGUAAUGUCCAUUAUAGGCCGGGGAAGUUUUGUAUGAAUUCAAAGCUUCGUCUUUCAUCAGUUUUGAACCUAACAAGGUAGGUAAAGUAGCCAGAGUUUUGCAAGCUGUACUCCGCCUAGCUUGGAUAGUAAAACAAAUGUGUGAUGUUUUUGAAAUUCUGAAGUUUUAGGGUCUCAGUCCUGACUAUGUUGGGAUUUUAACCAUUGUAACAAUAUCAAACUCCUGCUUAUAAUUUGGAUAGGGAAUUAAGUUAAAUGUGGAAGCUGGUCUGUCUAUAACUUUAUAGCAGGCCUUGAAUUUGGAAAGAAUAGAAUGGAACUCUGUCACUAUGAGCAGCAUUAUUGCAGAUGAAAUAGAACAGCAAGCUAUAUGUGUAAAACACAUCUUUAUACUCGAAAAUAUACACUCUUGCAUCUUUCUGUAAGCCAUAGAGCAUUUACAGUGUGUAUUUGUAAUGUUGUGUUUAACCCUUAUGCUCCAUAGCCUAGAACCAGUCACUGGUACUUCAUGUUUAAACAUUCUACACACAAAUCAUGGCUACCCCAUAAGCAAAGAAUUCAAGCAAGUACAGAGCAUUGGGGCAGAUAAGUUCUCUCUCUCUCUCUCUCUCUCUCUCUCUCUCUCUCUCUCUCCCUUACC